CUUGGCUCACUGCAACCUCCACCUCCCAGGUUCAUUCCUCAGCCUCCCGAGUAGCUGGGAUUACAGGCACUCGCCACCACACCUGGCUAAUUUUUGUAUUUUUAGUAGAGAUGGGAUUUCACCAUGUUGGCCAUGGCUGGUCUCGAACUCCUGACCUCAAGUGAUCUGUCCACCUGGGCCUCCCAAAGUGCUGGGAUUACAGGCAUGAGACACCGCACCCGGCCUGGAAAUACUUUUUAAAUGAGCCCCACCCCCAGACAUUCUGAAUUGGCCUCUAGUGGAAGUCACAGACAUGGAGGAUGGGAAGGAAGGCAAGCUGCGGCCCCCAGAAAACUUCUGAGGCCUAAUUUGUCUUAUAAAGGUCCUAGUCAGCCAUUGCUCAGUUUUUUAGUGUUUUUUUUUUUGUUUUUUGUUUUUUUUUUUUGAGACGGGGUCUCACUCUGUCGUCCAAGCUGGAGUGCAGUGGCGCGAUCUUGGCUCACUGCAACCUCCGCCUCCCAGAUUCAAGAAAUUCUCUGCCUCAGCCUCCCGAGUAGCUGAGAUUACAGGCGCCCGCCACCACGUCCGGCUAAUUUUUUUGUAUUUUUAGUAGAGACGGGGUUUCACCAUCUUGGCCAGGUUGGUCUUGAACUCCGGACCUCGUGAUCCACCCGCCUUGGCCUCCCAAAGUGCUGGGACUACAGGCAUGAGCCACCGCGCCUGGCUUUUGUUUUGUUUUUUAAAUGGGACAUGCUGCCUAGUGUUGGAGGUAGUCACCAAUACUUACUUCCUGCCUCCUCCCUGGUUCCAGGGGUACUGCUGGACAUUAAACUAAGCCAAAGUGGGGAUAUAAGCAGGAAGGUAAAAGGGUUGAUAAGGAAAAAGCUACAUGAGGGUGGAGGAGGGCAGAGUUGACACCUGAGGAGAGGAACCUGCAGCCGGGCUCCUCCCAGGCUGUAGGGGAAACAAGUUUAACAGGACUUAGCCCUGAAGGAACAACAGUUGCUGAAACGGGCGGCGGAGGGAGACCAUAUGGGUUCGUCCGCAGAAUAGGGAGGUACGGCGCAGGGCAGGACUACAAAUGGAGUGACACUACGGGACCGGAUUAUUGGCGAGUUGCCCCGCUUUAGAUCCUCAGCGGUUGGACGAGUUUAAUUAGAAUACUAAGUAGGUCCGCCCAGAAGCUUUCACCCUGCCCUCUGACCCUAAGGCCCAGCCCGAGGAGGCACUCAGGGUUAGGAGGUCUCGGCGAGAAGCAACUAGGGCCCUUAUCACUUCGCCGCCGAAUCCCCGGCGCCGCCCAGCGGGGCAGAGCCAGGCCAGGGCCGCCCGCCCAACCUGGUCCGCUGCCUCUUCGGCCAUGGAAGCUGCCGGCAGCCCUGCGGCUACGGAGACAGGCAAGUAUAUCGCAUCAACACAGCGACCUGACGGGACCUGGCGCAAGCAGCGGAGGGUGAAAGAAGGAUAUGUGCCCCAGGAGGAGGUCCCAGUAUAUGAAAACAAGUAUGUGAAGUUUUUCAAGAGUAAACCAGAGUUGCCCCCAGGGCUAAGCCCUGAGGCCACUGCUCCUGUCACCCCAUCCAGGCCUGAAGGUGGUGAACCAGGCCUCUCCAAGACAGCCAAACGUAACCUGAAGCGAAAGGAGAAGAGGCGGCAGCAGCAAGAGAAAGGAGAGGCAGAGGCCUUGAGCAGGACUCUUGAUAAGGUGUCCCUGGAAGAGACAGCCCAACUCCCCAGUGCUCCACAGGGCUCUCGGGCAGCCCCCACAGCUGCAUCUGACCAGCCUGACUCAGCUGCCACCACUGAGAAAGCCAAGAAGAUAAAGAACCUAAAGAAGAAACUCCGGCAGGUGGAAGAGCUGCAGCAGCGGAUCCAGGCUGGGGAAGUCAGCCAGCCCAGCAAAGAGCAGCUGGAAAAGCUAGCAAGGAGGAGGGCGCUAGAAGAGGAGUUAGAGGACUUGGAGUUAGGCCUCUGAGGCCUUUGGGGAAUAGGGAAUGGACUGCAGAACAAACCAUGGGGCUCUCUGGGGUCUGGGGGAAUACGGGCAACAGCAGUCAGGAGGGGUACCCCCCAUACUGGCUUACUUCCACCUCUUGCGGCCCAAAUCUGUCCUCCAGAGCCUAGCGUCUCCCUCAAUCCUUCCCUUUUCUUCCCAACUUCUACUUUUUGGACUUUCCCCCUCCCAUUCCCAGUGUUCAAAAUCUCAGUGACUACCCCAGGUACCUUUGCUGCUGAUUUGGGUGUCUUGUUUAAAAGAAAAUCAGGUGGGUGGGAAUCUCUUGGAGAACUGAGGCUGAGGGUAGAGGGAGUAUGCCCAAGUCUUGGAGUCUUGGUUCCUGUUCGCGGUGUUUAUGGGUUAUUUCCCUCUCCAUCCCUCAUUUUUUUUUUUUUUUAAAAAAAAGCAAAAAUGAGAAUAAACACAAGUAGACAUGUC